AAUUCCACCCGUUGAAGUUCCUCCAAACCAACAUAUUCUCAUCCUUAGCUACACAUGUCUACCUCUACCACCGCCUUCACCGAGAACAUCCAGGGAUAUGACAUCCACACGUACUACGACAACAAGAACCCUGAACAGACACAGUUUGGUAAAGACCUUCAUGAAGCUGUCAGGACAGAAUUUGCGGAGCUAGCCGCCAAGGGGGAUAUUGUGCUUCUCAAAUGGGUGGAGCGGGCCAUAGGUCCCCACCCCAUCACCAUGUUUACCACGGAACUUCACACCCCUGAAGCGUUCGCUCGGGUGGUGCCGUUCUACCAGCUCCACCACGGUGAAUUGAGUGUGUUGAUUCAUCCGAUUUCGGGUAAGGGGGACUUACUUGACCACACCAAACAUGCAUUGUGGUUAGGUGAGAAGCAACCAUUGUUGUACCAUUUGUUAAAGUAGCCACCAAUUUAUUCUUUUGAGAGAUUUAGACUAUUUACACAUUGCCAAAAUCACGUAACGAAGUUGCAUCAACCGGUGCUGCAUCAGGCUAGUUAGUUUUAUGACUUUCUCUGUAGUGUGCAUCGCAGAUGUUCUUCGGCUCAGCCGAAUCCUGCUUGUCCAGAGCGACAUAAGUAUUCCUUCCGUUGGUAAGGAUUUCCUCGUCAUCUUGAUAAUAUAUCUAAUGUAUAAAAUAGUUAAUAAUAUCAUUUCUUG